UGUGGCAAAGGCAGCGGCUGCUGAAGUUGAAUGGAUCUUAUUAUUAAGAUAUAUGUCCGUUAGGGCUCUGAUUGAUUCCCUCUGACUUAACCAAACGCGUAUCCGAUCGGCGGGGGAUUUGCAGUCUGUCGGUCCAGCCAUGGGCUCGAAGCCAUGGCUACAGCCGGCGCCCACCUACCGGGCCCUCGAGACCUUUUGGGACUCCGACGAGGACGCCCCCGGCCCCCGCUGCGGCCACACCCUCACCGCCGUCGCCGCCACCAAGUACCAUGGCCCCCGCCUCAUCCUCUUCGGCGGCGCCACCGCCAUCGAGGGUGGCCCCGCCUCCUCCGCCCCCGGCAUCAGAUUAGCUGGGGUGACAAAUUCGGUGCAUUGCUAUGAUAUCCUCACCAGGAAAUGGACCAGAAUUAAGCCUGCUGGCGAGCCGCCAUCUCCUAGGGCUGCUCAUGCAGCUGCUGCAGUUGGAACUAUGGUUGUAUUUCAGGGUGGCAUUGGUCCGGCAGGGCAUUCCACUGAUGAUCUUUAUGUGCUAGAUUUGACGAAUGAUAAGUUCAAGUGGCACAGAGUUGUAGUGCAAGGACAGGGCCCAGGGCCUCGGUAUGGCCAUGUAAUGGACUUGGUUGCUCAGAGAUAUCUCGUUACUGUCAGUGGGAAUGACGGGAAAAGAGUUCUAUCCGAUGCUUGGGCUUUAGAUACUGCACAGAAACCAUAUGUAUGGAUGAGGCUCAAUCCAGAAGGUGAUAGACCUUCUGCUAGAACGUAUGCAACGGCUAGUGCCCGUUCAGAUGGAAUGUUUUUGCUUUGCGGUGGGAGAGACUCUGUAGGCGUGCCACUGGCGGAUGCUUAUGGCCUUCUUAUGCAUAGGAAUGGUCAAUGGGAGUGGACUCUUGCUCCUGGGGUGUCUCCUUCCCCAAGGUAUCAACAUGCAGCGGUCUUUGUUGGAGCGCGACUGCAUGUUACAGGCGGUGUUCUUAAGGGUGGACGUGGGGUAGAAGGUGAAGCAGCUGUAGCAGUUUUGGACACUGCUGCUGGAGUUUGGUUGGAUAAAAAUGGACUAGUGACCUCCCAACGUUCAACCAAAGGAAAUGCUGAGCACGAUUCAUCUUUGGAGCUCAUGAGACGAUGUCGCCAUGCUGCUGCUUCAAUUGGUGGUCGUAUUUAUGUCUACGGUGGUCUUAGAGGAGAUUCAUUGCUAGGUGAUUGCCUUGUCGCUGAAAAUGCCCCAUUUCAGCCUGAUGGAAAUUCAGCUCUAUUGACAUCGGAGAGAGCAUCGCCUAUUUCAGGUCCCAAGAUGAGUGUAUCCACUUCUGGGUCUUAUGAAACAGCUGCAAUUGUUGAUGGCCAACCUGAGAGCCCCACAUUUGGUGGCACAAGUAUGGACAAGAACUCAAUGGAAAAGCUGAGGUUGGCUUCAGAGGCAGAGGCAGAAGCUGCUUCCGCUGUUUGGCAAGCAGUACAGGCUUCUAAUGUUCCUACAGAGGAAACACCAGUAUCCGAUGAGAACUCUCAAGCUGCAGGAACUGCCUUAGAUGGCAGUGACAAUGAGGCAGAUGUUAGGCUUCAUCCAAGAGCUGUGGUGGUUGCUAAAGAGGCUGUAGGCAACCUUGGUGGGAUGGUGAGACAGCUAUCUUUAGAUCAAUUCGAAAACGAGAGCAGAAGAAUGAUUCCAACGAAUAAUGAUCUGUCCUAUCCGGCGAAGAAGUUCACAAGGCAAAAGUCUCCUCAAGGAUUGCAUAAAAAGAUUAUAUCUACGUUGCUUAAGCCUCGGAACUGGAAGGCUCCUGCCAAUAGGAGGUUUUUCCUGGAUUCUUAUGAAGUAGGAGAACUUUGUUAUGCUGCAGAACAGAUUUUUAUGCAGGAGCCAACAGUUCUUCAGCUAAAAGCUCCAGUUAAAGUGUUUGGCGAUCUCCAUGGGCAGUUUGGUGAUCUGAUGCGGUUAUUUGAUGAAUAUGGUUUUCCUUCCACUGCAGGAGACAUUACUUAUAUCGACUAUCUGUUUCUGGGAGAUUAUGUUGAUCGGGGUCAACACAGUUUAGAGACCAUAACUUUGCUCCUUGCCCUUAAGAUCGAGUACCCGGACAAUGUGCACUUGAUACGAGGAAACCACGAGGCAGCUGACAUAAAUGCGCUAUUUGGUUUUCGUAUUGAAUGCAUCGAGCGAAUGGGAGAAAAUGAUGGGAUAUGGGCAUGGACACGGUUCAACCAACUCUUCAACUACCUUCCACUUGCUGCCCUCAUCGAGAAGAAAAUAAUUUGUAUGCAUGGUGGCAUAGGACGGUCUAUACACUCAGUAGAGCAGAUCGAGAAGCUAGAAAGGCCCAUAACAAUGGAUGCUGGAUCUAUAGUUUUAAUGGACCUUCUCUGGUCGGAUCCCACGGAGAAUGACAGUAUUGAAGGUUUGAGGCCAAAUGCUAGAGGGCCAGGUCUUGUCACCUUUGGGCCUGAUAGAGUUACCGACUUCUGUAAGAAAAACAAACUACAACUUAUCAUAAGGGCCCAUGAGUGUGUGAUGGAUGGGUUCGAGCGGUUUGCUCAGGGGCAAUUGAUUACUCUGUUUUCUGCCACUAACUAUUGUGGAACGGCAAAUAAUGCAGGAGCAAUCUUAGUUGUUGGAAGAGGCUUGGUCGUGGUACCGAAGCUAAUCCAUCCCUUGCCGCCUCCCCUUCAAUCUCCUGAGACUUCCCCCGAACGUUAUGUAGAGGACAAAUGGAUGCAGGAACUCAACAUUCAAAGGCCUCCUACUCCGACUCGGGGCCGUCCCCAACCUGACCAUGAUCGAAGUUCUCUAGCUUACAUCUAAUCUCCCUACGAGAACUCAGAAUGUCAACGCUUUUGGGUGGACGCUUGAACUAUGCCCUGCUCAGCACUCCUUAUAGAUCAGAGAGAGAAGUGAGGAUGAUGUAUUUCUGCGGUAUGGUUUCGUGGGAACUCCUCCAUUGCAGCGGCGUACACAUUGAAAUAUAGGGAAGUUUUAGCAGUGGUUAUUUAAUUGAGGGGUUUGGCUUUUUUUCUUUUUUUUUUUUUUGGUUUUUUACUGUAUGUAAGAUUUCAUUAGAGAUUAGUGAGUGCGUAAGCAUUUUCUGCUACCCAAUAAACAGCUUAUGGUGGGGAAAAGAGAGAGAGAUAUAGAGAAAGGAAGAAGAAAAAGUUCGUUAGGCCAGUGUGUAUCUAAUGUAAAUUACAUAUGUUAUACCAAUGAUUUUCGUCAAUUAUUAUUCUAAAAA